AUGUUGCUAAGAAGUUCUUCAACACCAGUUCUUGGUUCUCUUCUUUCAUCCAGUUCCUUCACUGAUAGUCCUAAUCAUUAUCAUGAGCCUUGUCAUGCACUCAAGCAUCUACCACCACCAACACAUCACAAUCACAAUCACAACAAACUCUCUUUUCAUCAAUCUGGUUCUUUCAAUCUCUCAUGCACUUCUUCUCCGAUUUCUCCUUCAUUUGCAGAUCUUGAAAGACAAAGCAAAGGUUUGAUUAGAAGAGUCCAAUCUGAAGGAAACUUGGAAGAUCUAGCUUAUGCUAAUGAAGAGAGAUUCAGUUAUAUGGAUCAUUCUUCUAUGAGGUAUUCAGUAAGACAGAGAUGCUUGCCACUUGAGACUAUUCCGUCUUUUUCUCUUUCGAAGCGAACCGGUUUGCGCGAAGAAGAGGAAGAUGUGGAAGAAAGUGAUGUUGAAGAUGAGGAAGGCUAUGAUGAUGAGUUUAGUGUGAUGAGUAGUAUGAAGGUGAGUGCAGAAGCGGAUAGAGUUUGUGGAGUGAGUUUUGGUGAGGAGGGAAAGUUUGGUAGUAAAGAAAUGUAUCUUGCAAAAGGGCUUGGUGUUGAGGUGUGUGGUGAUGGAAUAGGUGGUGGCUGCAGAGGAGGCAAUGGAGGAGGUGGUGAUUCUAAUUCCAUGGGAUCUAGAGGGAAUGAAGGAGAUCAUAAUAAUAAUCACGAGGUGGAAGAAUAUUACAAGAAAAUGGUGCAGCGAAAUCCUGGGAACUCGUUGUUUCUGAGAAACUAUGCUCAGUUUUUGUAUCAGAGCAAACAAGACCGUGAAGGGGCAGAGGAGUAUUACUCAAGAGCCAUAUUAGCAGAUCCAAAUGAUGGAGAAGUUUUAUCACAGUACGGAAAACUAGUUUGGGAGUUACAUCAAGAUGAAGAAAGAGCCUCUAGCUAUUUUGAAAGAGCAGUACAAGCCUCUCCUGAAGACAGUCAUGUACAAGCAGCAUAUGCAAGUUUUCUUUGGGAUACUGAGGAAGACGAGGAUGGAGGUUUCAAUGACACGAAAUGUUUACCUCGUUUUCAAAUGGGAGCCAUGGCUACUACUGGUGUUUAG